AUGCUUCGUAGGGGUGAACGCUUAACAAUGAUGGCCGUCCCAGCUCUCAACGUUCCACAAAGUAAUGUUGCAACGCAAAGCGCGUGUACACACCCCUUUCAAGUCCCCCAACAGUGCCGUUCCGCAUGGGAGCUUACGACCUCCGACUCAUCACCCAGCUUGUCAGCACAAGGGGCAGCGACACCAAAACCAGCGGUAUCAAACACGACAAACGCUGCCGCCUCUGCGGGAUGUUAUCGAAGUCAUCGUUACACACAUAACCCAUACGCAUCUACCGCUCCCCGUAGCGAUAAUGACGGCGCAGAUCCCGUAUGUGUUUCCGGCUCCGGCGAUGGAAACUGUGAGGCACCUCGUCAUGUGUACAACAGUGCCGUACUCGACUCCGGCAAUCUGUCCAAUGGCCUCGUUGAGAGAUUUCGUGCGAUUGUUGGGGAGUUGCCUCGUGCCGCCUGCACGUCGGCGGGUCGCAACUUGUUAGUGUCGGUGUUGCGCCUGCAUCACGUGGAAAUGACGCGAACUGUUGUGGACGAGUUUCGCCCGGUCCUGCCCGCUGUUGCGCUUGAUUCGAAUGGCUGUCACGUCGUGCGUGCUCUCGUUGAGUUCAUUCCCACUGGUUUGAUGGCGACGCUCGUCCCACACUUCACUCCAAGUCUCGUGCGAGAUCUUGCUGUGAGUUCGCCAUACACGCGCCGUGUUCUCCAGAGCGUCUUCGAGCGGCAUAAAAGCGAUGCCCUCACACCUAUUGUUGAAGCCAUUGCACAGGACAGCCAACUACUUGCACAACGACAGCAGGGUUGCAUAACCAUCAUCCGGACUAUUGAGAACACCCUACCUCACCAGCAGCGGUUUAUUAUUUCCCGCCUGCUUCCCGCUCUUCCCGCACUCACAAUGAAUUGUUACGGGAACUACGUCGUGCAGUGUGUGCUGCACCACAUGGACCCUGAGGCUGUGACGGUUGUUGUUUGUCAUGCCUUUGCUGGCCACUGGGUUGCCCUCUCUUGCAAUAAGUUUGCCUCAAACGUUGUGGAGAAGGUUGUACGUGUGCUUGAAGGCCCAGCGCGCCGAGCACUCAUUGCCGAAACAGUGUGUGAUCCCGUCAACCUCCGCCGCCUCAUGAACGAUUGCUUCGGUAACUUUGUGCUGCAGGCGAUCAUUGACUCAUCUACAAGUGAAGUGGACUUCCGCACCAUAUCACAGUGCAUCCGACCCCUUCUUCCCACAAGUUCACACGGGCGAAGAAUUGAAAGCAAACUGCAGUGUGUCAUGGCGCGUGCCGGGGCAGUCGGUGAGUGA